AUGAUGGAUAAAAGAUUAUUUUUAAUAGUGUUUAAUAAUAAAAUAUUGUAUAAUAACAUAUUCAAAUAUGUCAGUUUGAUUUCGAGUUUAAAAGGAAAAAAACAAUUUAAAUGGAGUGAAGUUAUUCGUAAUCCUCAAUCGCUAGCUGCUCAUAACUAUUUUGAACAACUGAAACAAUGUUUAUCAAUUAAAUAUAAAAUAGAUUCGGAUUGUAAACGACAGACAUUGAAAAUGGCUAUUAAAUUUGGAACUAUUGAAAUGUUGGUAUACCUCUUAGAUCGAUUCAAAGUUGAUUUGCACUCCUAUAGCUCCAGUGAAGCGGUAGAGUUUUAUGAUUUCGACGAUGACAAUGAUCCCGAGAGAAUAGAGUAUCACGAACCGUGCGAUCAUCUCAAUAGUAUCUAUAGUUGUGCCGCUCAAUACGGAAGAAUGGACAUCAUAGAAUAUUUAACAACACGUUUCAAAACAUACAAAUGGAACUACGAUAAAGCAAUGAUGAAGUCACCACUCUCCAGAGAUAUCGAUAUUCUAAUGUAUUUUGUAGUUUUACAUAAAAACAUCAAUGUAUUAUGGAAUACCACCAAGAGUUUCAUUAGUUUCGGUAGAGUGGUUUAUGAGAAUGCUGCAUUGGUUGGGCGUAUCGAUAUGAUUGAAUAUUUGAUUAAACAAUUACCGCCCAAAGACAAAGUAAAAUUAUCACUAUUGGAAAAUGCAAUCAAAGGUGGUCAUUUCGAUUUGGUUGAGUAUCUACUACGAGAACACCGAAAUCCUUCGAGGGAAAAUGAAGAGGAAUUACUGGAUUUGGCAGCUCGUCUAAACCGUCAAGAUAUCAUCAAGUUAUUGAUAAGCAAUGGUAUUACUAGUUGUACGACUGCAUUGAUGAACUACACAGCUUGGCAUGGUAAUCUAGAGUUAUUGAAAUGGUUGGGCCAGAAUACAACAGCAGUGUGUUCCACUCGCGCCAUGGAUAACGCAGCAUCGGAAAACCAUUUCGAAUGUCUACAGUGGUUACAUUUCAAUCGUAGUGAAGGAUGUUCAAACCAAGCUAUGGAUUAUGCUGCAUGUAAAGGUCAUUUUGAAAUUGUUCUAUGGCUCUACAACAAUAGGAAAGAAGGUUGUUCCGAUCAGGCAAUUUCCGAUGUUAUUUUGCACUGCGGAAGACUGGAUAUUAUCGAUUGGCUAUAUCAAAAUCAACCAAAUUCAUACAGCAAUACACAGUUAUUAUUUCAAAUAGCUGCUGAUCUCGGAAAUUUGGAUAUAAUCAAAUAUCUUUAUACAAAGGAAAAACAUUGUGGUAUCGAUGCGUUGUACUCAGCUGCUAUCAAGGGUCAUUUGAAUGUAUUCCAAUGUUUGUUCGAAAAUGAUUCAAGUAUUGGCAAAUCCAGAGGCGAUUCCUUCAAGGAUAUACUCGAAGCUGCUGCAUCGGAGGGACACUUGGAAAUUGUGAAAUAUAUAAUUCAGAAUUGUUCCAAUGAAAUGUUAAUGUUGGACAUUGCUAUUUUCAAAGCAAUUAAAUUCAAUCAUUUGGAAGUCGUCAAGUAUCUUUGUGAAAAUAUCACUCCAAACACUCUUUCCAAAAGAAAUUACAUUGAGAUUGCAGCUUCCUAUGAAAACAUCCAGGUUUUACAAUGGUUACAUUCAAAUAUAGCCAAUUGUGGUAAGAUUACAGCAACUUCAUUCAAUGGAGCCAUAAAGAAUGUCAAUCUUCCACUAGCAAAAUGGAUAUUAUUUAAUAUUGGUGAAGAUCAAUGUAAUUUUAUAAAAAAGAAUCUUUUCAAAAUGGAUACAUUCGCAUCUGACCUAUUCAAGUUCAAUCAAUAUGAAAUAAUUGAAUGGAUUUUAGAUACUUUCCAAGAUAUUUCAAAAAGUGAACUUGAAGCCUAUAAACAAAUCUUGGAAACUAAAUAUCCAAAUUCUGUGGAAUCAAUUGAAAUUAUUAAUAAAUUUAUUAAAUUAAAAUAG